UAAAUACUUUCCUACCCGGCUUGCUUAGGGUGGAGGAUGGUGUAAUAACAUCAGAAGUUGUGUCUUCAGAAAAACUACUCGUCGUGGUUCCUCAAAAUUCAUGGAAAAGCAACUAGCAUUCACAGGGAUAUUAAGCAACAAAGCUGAAGAAAACCCUGAUUUCUUUAACUGGAACAGAGUUAAAGUACGGUACUGUGAUGGGGCAUCUUUCAGUGGAGAUAGUCAAGACGAGGCUGCACAGCUUCAAUUCCGAGGACAAAAAAUCUGGCAAGCUGCAAUGGAGGAAUUAUUGUCAAAGGGGAUGAAGAAGGCCAACCAGGCUCUUUUGUCUGGAUGCUCUGCUGGUGGUCUAGCGUCUAUAAUACAUUGUGAUGAGUUCCGGACCUUAUUUCCUACAUCCACCAAAGUGAAAUGUUUGAGCGAUGCAGGGUUUUUCCUAGAUGCGGUUGAUGUUGCUGGGGUUCGGACAAUGAGGAAUCUGUUUGGAGGUGUAGUUAAGUUACAGGAAGUGCAAAAAAAUCUUCCAGAAAGUUGUCUCAAGCAAUUGGACCCAACUUCGUGCUUUUUUCCUCAAAAUUUGAUCAACCAUGUUCAGACUCCAUUGUUUCUACUCAAUGCAGCUUAUGAUUCAUGGCAGGUCCAAGACAGUUUGGUCUCUGGUUCAGCAGAUCCCCAUGGCUCUUGGAAUGAUUGUAAACAUAAUCGUGCACUCUGUAACUCAUCUCAAAUUCAAUUCUUCCAAGAUUUCAGAAAUCAAAUGCUAAACUACAUCAAAGGCUUCUCAGGGGAAUCUCGUACCGGGUUAUUCAUCAAUUCUUGUUUUGCUCAUUGCCACUCUGAAUUACAAGAUACUUGGUUUGCUGAUGACUCUCCAGUUAUUGGCAAUACGCCAGUUGCAACUGCUGUUGGACAAUGGUAUUUUGAUCGGAAAACUGUCAAAGCUAUAGACUGUCCUUACCCCUGUGGCAAGACCUGCCAUAAUACGGUCUUCAAGUGAGUGAAAGUUUACUGAUUUUUCAUUUGGCAAUUUGAUAUUUUAUCAAUGUAAUCACUGUAAUUGCCAUAUGUGCGUGUAACAUUGCUCAACUGUAAUGAAAAUAAAUAUAGUUCUUGAUUGA